AUGACAACAUCAAUGAGGAGAAGGACUAGAAUAGUCUGUAUCUCGGACACUCACAACUGCCAAGUUAAACUGCCCAAGGGCGAUGUCCUCAUUCACGCAGGAGAUUUGAGCAAUCAAGGGAGCCAUGCUGAGCUUUCCAAAACAGUCGCUUGGUUAGAGAAGCAGGACUUUGAGGCCAAAAUUGUCAUCGCUGGCAACCAUGAUAUCACUCUAGAUCGGGAGUUCUACGCCGAGCAUGGUCUUUACUUUCACAACAAGAGCCCCCAGUCUGAUGACGAGUGUCUACGACUGUUCACUUCUUCGCCUUCGAUAACGUAUCUCGCCCACGGCUCAGCCAACGUCCGCCUCACAUCGCCUUCGGGGCCGCGUACGCACUUCAAGGUCUUUGGGUCACCAUACUCUCCGCGACACGGGCUGUGGGCAUUCUAUUAUGACGCUCCUCAGAAUCCUGGCAACUGGUCAGACCUGACGUCGCUCUGGGAGUCCAUACCACUUGAUACAGAUAUCGUCGUGACACACACGCCUCCGAGAAUGCAUUGCGAUGAGACAGAUGAGCGACGAGCUACUGGCUGUGAAGCUCUAAGGCAAGCGCUUUGGCGAGUGAGGCCACAACUCGCAGUCUGUGGCCAUAUUCAUGACGGAAGAGGUGCUCAGCGAGUGAUGUGGGAUCUAAGUUGUCGGAAUGUUGCCUAUCAAGAGAAGAGUGUCGUGCGCUGGGAGGACCCUGGAGAAGGUAACAACAAAAUCUGUCUGGUAGAUCUGACAGGAAAGAAGGCGCCGUCACUCGACAACGAUGGCUCUCAUCCAGGCCGUUAUGGAACAAGUACAGGAGACUCUGACGUAACCGGCAUCAAUCGCCCCAAGGAGUCAGCAAUGAGUUCAUAUGCAUUCGGAUCUAACCCUACAGAUAGUCAUGCUUCUCAUGGAACCAUCGGAUUAGGGGGUGAUCCCGCUUCGCCACGGAGCGAUCAGGUAGCUCUGUUUGGGAGAAUGGGUCGAAGAGAAACAUUUGUUGUUAAUGCGGCGAUCAUGAAGAGUCGAUAUCCACAUGUCGGAGGAAAGCAAUUCAACAAGCCCAUCGUAGUCGACCUUGAUCUCCCUGUUUGGGAGCAGGACGGCCAUAUCGAUGGCCAUUGA